GCGGCUGUUCUCGAGUUCAUCCCGCCACAAUUUUCAACCGAGGGACAGGCUUUCCACACUGUCCAUUUCCUGUUUGCUAAACACAAGUCCACUCUCCCGUUCGUAACAAAAAUGGUCGGAAUCAGAACCUGCGGGAUGAUGGUCCGCUCUAUGCGGUUGUCGAAAUCCGCUCUCGCUCGCUCCUACACUGUGUCCGCGGGGCCAGGUGUAUACGACAAAACCGUAAUGAACAUGCUUAUCAACAAGGACACGAAGGUUCUCACGCAGGGUUUCACUGGAAAGCAGGGCACGUUCCACUCAAAACAGGCUCUUGAGUAUGGCACAAACCUGAUUGGUGGUGUUAACCCCAAAAAGGCUGGAAGCACCCAUUUGGGUCUUCCUGUUUUUGCUUCUGCCAAAGAGGCCAUGCAAGAAGCCAAGCCGGACGCGUCCGUGAUCUAUGUCCCACCACCUGGUGCCGCCGCUGCCAUCAUUGAAGCCAUCGAAGCUGAGAUCCCAUUAGUUGUCGCUAUCACGGAGGGUAUUCCUCAACAGGACAUGGUCCGCGUUAUGAAGGUCCUCAAAAACCAGGAUAAAACGCGCCUCAUCGGUCCCAACUGUCCUGGAAUCAUCAAACCUGGCGAAUGCAAAAUUGGCAUUAUGCCUGGCCACAUUCACCAAAAGGGCAAGAUUGGUAUUGUUUCACGAUCGGGUACCCUAACGUAUGAAGCCGUCGCGCAAACCACCGCUGUUGGUCUUGGUCAAUCUCUCUGCAUCGGUAUUGGUGGUGACCCAUUCAACGGAACCAACUUUGUUGAUUGUUUGACUCUGUUCCUGAACGACCCGGAGACAGAGGGCAUUAUCCUCAUUGGUGAGAUUGGUGGAUCUGCUGAGGAGGAGGCUGCCGAGUUCUUGAAAAAGCACAACUUGUCGCGUGACCAGCCAAAGCCUGUUGUCUCGUUCAUUGCUGGACGUACCGCUCCUCCCGGCCGGCGAAUGGGUCACGCUGGUGCCAUUAUUGCGGGUGGGAAGGGUAAGGCAGAAGACAAGGUCGCUGCCUUGGAAGCGGCGGGCGUUGUCGUAUCUGCUUCUCCUGCAAAACUUGGCGUAUAUAUGGAAAAGGCUAUGAAGGACGCUGGACUCGCGUAAGAGUAUCCGUCUACAGGGGGAUUCUAGAGCGACAGGAACGGGGGUAUGGUGGGAGAAUGUGCAUAGACUGAAGAAAAAUGGGCUGGUGAAGUUUUGGUGAAUUCACUUUCUCUUUGAUACUUCCAACAUGAGCCUGUUAUAUUAUAAUGGAUUGAAAUGACCCUAUAAUGGGUGCAGUGAAAUGCGCGAUGAAUAAAAUUGACCUCGUUUUUGAAUGGGUUUGACGCCGA